AUGGUGAGCUGGAACCUACUUGGUGACAAUGAGGUGUUAACCAUAAGCUUACUAAUUCCAUCUCACCGACUGCUCCACAGAGGAGAGGAGCAGUCUGCUUCGCUCGCGGCCUCCCAGCUGCGCUACUCGGUACCCGAGGAGCAGGCUCCGGGUGCCCUGGUGGGCAACGUGGCGAACGCCCUGGGGCUGGAGCUGCGGCGCCUGGGGCCCGGCUGCCUGCGCAUCAGCCAUCUGGGCGCGCCCAGCCCACGGUACCUGGAGCUGGACCUGACCAGCGGGGCGCUCUUCGUCAACGAGCGCAUGGACCGGGAGGUCCUGUGUGAGCAGCGGCCUCGCUGCCUGCUCAGCCUGGAAGUGUUGGCGCACAGCCCCGUGGCGGUGAAAUCCGUGGAGGUGGAGGUAUUGGACAUCAACGACAACUCGCCGCGCUUCCCACGGCCUGACUACCAGCUGCAGGUAAGCGAGUCCGUGGCUCCCGGAGCGCGCUUUCACAUAGAGAGCGCGCAGGACCCGGACGUGGGCGUCAACUCCGUGCAGACGUACGAGCUCAGCCCCAGCGAGCACUUCGAGUUGGACCUUAAGCCCCUGCAGGAGAACAGCAAGGUCCUGGAGCUGGUGCUGCGCAAGGGACUAGAUCGCGAGCAGACGGCCUUGCACCACCUGGUUCUCACAGCAGUGGACGGGGGCAGUCCAGCCCGCUCGGGCACGGCGCAGAUCUCUGUGAGGGUCCUGGACACGAACGACAACUCUCCCGCUUUUGACCAGUCCACUUACCGGGUCCAGCUGCGGGAGGACGCACCCCCGGGUACCCUGGUGGUGAAGCUGAAUGCCUCAGAUCCGGAUGAGGGCUCCAAUGGCCAGCUCAGGUACUCUUUGAGUGGCUACACAUCGGACCGGGAGAGGCAGCUCUUCAGCAUCGACGCCAGCACCGGGGAAGUGCGUGUGAGUGGAGCUUUGGAUUAUGAGGAGGCCUCGUCCUACCAGAUCUAUGUGCAGGCUACUGACCGGGGUCCAGUGCCCAUGGCAGGCCACUGCAAGGUACUGGUGGACAUCAUGGACGUGAAUGACAAUGCACCAGAGGUGAUGCUCAGGGACCUGUAUAGUCCAGUGCCUGAGGAUGCUGCUCCCAACACUGUUGUGGCCUUUCUCAGCAUCAACGAUCAAGACUCGGGCCCUAACAAGAAAGUCAGCUUGAGCUUGGAGGCCACCCUGCCUUUCCGACUGAAUGGCUUUGGGAGUUCCUACACACUGGUUGUGAGUGGCCCAUUGGACCGAGAACGGGUGCCUGCCUACAACAUCACAGUGACAGCCACCGAUGGGGGCAUACCACAACUCACAUCCCAACGGACACUGCAUGUUGAGAUCUCUGACAUCAAUGACAAUCCACCAAGCUUCCUGAAGGACUCCUACUCGGUCUAUGUCCAGGAGAACAACUUGCCAGGGGUGUUGCUCUGCACGGUGCAAGCUGAAGACCCAGAUGAAAAAAAGAACGCGGAGGUGACCUAUUCCCUUUUGGAGAGGGAGAUUCAAGGGCUGCCAGUCACCUCCUAUGUCUCCAUUAACAGUGCCAGUGGCAGCCUUUAUGCUGUCAACUCCUUUGACUAUGAGAAGUUCCGGGAGUUCUAUGUGACUGUGGAGGCCCAGGACAAGGGGAGCCCACCACUGAGUAGCACUAUGACUGUCAAUGUUUAUGUGGUGGACAUGAAUGACCACGCCCCUAACAUUCUGUACCCUACCUCAACCAAUUCAUCAGCAGCCAUUGAGAUGGUGCCUCGGACUGCCCCUGCUGGCUAUCUGGUCACCAAAGUCAUAGCCAUGGACUCAGAUUCUGGGCAAAAUGCUUGGCUCUUUUACCAUCUGGCCCAGACAUCUGACUUGGACCUCUUUAAAGUAGAACAGCACACAGGAGAAAUAAGGACUACCAGGAAGAUAGGAGAUGAGAGUGGUGCCGCUUACAACCUGACUGUGGUGGUACGAGACAAUGGAGAGCCAUCCCUGUCAGCGUCUGUGGCCAUUACGGUAGCUGUGGUGGACAGGGUUGCCAGGAUCCUCCCUGACACCCAGAGACACGUUAAGAGCCCUCGGACAUACUCUGAACUUACACUUUAUCUUAUAAUUGCAUUAAGCACAGUGUCUUUUAUAUUUCUUUUGACAAUCAUUGCUUUGAGCAUCAUCAAGUGCUACCGCUACACUGCAUAUGGCACUGCAUGUUGUGGAGGCUUCUGUGGAGUGAGGGAGCGGUGUCCCACAGAGCUGUACAAACAGGCCAACAACAAUAUCGAUGCCAGGAUACCACAAGGCCUCAAAGUGCAACCACACUUCAUUGAAGUGCGAGGGAAUGGCUCCCUCACCAAGACCUACUGCUACAAGGCCUGUCUGACAGCAGGCUCAGGGAGUGACACUUUCAUGUUUUACAACACAGGGGCCCAGACAGGACCAGGGUCUGGGACAGCAGUGACUGACAGCAGGCACCUCACAGGCCAGAGUGGGCAGAGUGCCGGGAACCUGAUCAUUCUCAAAAAUGAGGCUGCUUCACAGAAUGAGCCCCGACAGCCCAACCCUGACUGGCGUUAUUCUGCCUCCCUGAGAGCAGGAAUGCACAGCUCUGUACAUCUGGAGGAGGCUGGCAUUCUACGGGCUGGUCCAGGAGGGUCUGAUCAACAGUGGCCAACAGUAUCCAGUGCAACACCAGAACCAGAGGCAGGAGAGGUGUCCCCUCCAGUGGGGGCUGGUGUCAACAGCAACAGCUGGACCUUUAAAUACGGACCUGGCAACCCCAAGCAAUCUGGCCCCGGUGAGUUGCCAGACAAAUUCAUUAUCCCAGGAUCUCCUGCAAUCAUCUCCAUCCGGCAGGAGCCUGCUAACAGCCAAAUUGACAAAAGUGACUUCAUCACCUUCGGCAAAAAGGAAGAGACCAAGAAAAAGAAGAAAAAGAAGAAGGGCAACAAGACCCAGGAGAAGAAGGAGAAAGGGAACAGCACGACUGACAACAGUGACCAGUGAGGUCACCUGACGGAACCAAGCCACGUAGCCAGUUUUUGUAAUAGCGGCAAAACUCUCCCAUGUAGCAAUUCCCUAUUCCUCUCUCCUGUCCACACGAGCCCUCUCUUGUAGACCUCAGAAACCUGCCGAACGUUCCCUCUGUCUGUCUAGAUCGCAUUGAACAGAUUUUGUCUUGAAAGCUUUACUAAGUCUGGUGUUAACUCUUUUCUCUCCACUCUGGCUUGUUUGCAGAACCUAAAAAGCUGACCCAAGUUUCCUUUCUCCUCCGCCGCAAAGGAGAGCCUUCCCAGCCCGGCCAGUGAGAGGUUGGACUCUCUGCCCUGUGCUCCUGGGAUCCUGUCUUGAUGACACUUGCAGGGCAGGCUGAAAAGUUUGAGAUUGAGCAGCUUGGGUGUUGUGGCCACUGGGUAUGUGUGGCCACUGGGAUGAUGAGCGCCAGGUAUGGAUCAGGUGGCACAGGCCAGAUUUAACUAGUUGGUGCCAGAAGGGCUGGGGAACAAAGGCAAAGAAGCAGUGGGAGCUACAGUUUCAAGGGGAAUUGUGAAAUUAAAGGGGACCAGACUUUUUAAACCUUAAAAUUUAAAAGGUGGUGGCUCCCCUCUAACAGACAAAGCUGCUCCAACUGAGAAGACUUUAGGAGUGCUUAGAGUUUGGGCCUGGUGUCAUCUUAAACCCUGCAUUAUGGCUGCAUUAUGGCCGGG